AUGGCUAAGGCGUGCAAGGAACAACUGGUGGGGAUGGGCCAGACAUGCUCAGGGCUUCUGGCCGCCGUGGUGUUCGCGUCGACCUUAUCCAUCCCCGGCGAGAAGGAUCCGGCAACCGGAAACCCGGUCUAUUUCGACAGGCUACCUUUUCGGAUCUUCUCGCACACGUUCGUGAUUGGGUUGUCAAGCGCCGCUACAUCUCUGGUGUUGUUCCUAUCCCUCCUCGUCGCGCCUUACAAGGAGCAGCAGUUCCGCCGUGCCAUCCCAGUCAAGUACUUCUUCGCCUGCUUGUCAUUUGGGAUCGUGCUGCCGGCUUUUCUGGUGGCAUUCACCUGCAACAUCUACUUGCAAAUCUGUGGCGGACAGAGAUCGGAGUCGAAGGACUUGAUUAUACUCCUACUGGAGCUCAUCGUCUUCCCUUUCGUGUGCACCUAUUUUUUUUCCGUCUUUCGGUUCUUUCUGGCGUUGACUCAGUUUUUGUCUCUAUGCUGUGAGGUGUGA